AUGGGAUCUAAGUGCUCGGGGGCGGAGAUCUUUAGCCGGAACAAUGUUGCGAUAGAGAGCUCGGAGGGAACAACCAGUCCAGAGAUCUUUCUCUUCAGUCUCAAGUCAGCACGAUGGAAGGUUGAUGGGAGUUGUGGCAAACAGCGGCAUGUGUACGUUUUUGGUGAGCAACGCAGCGGUGGCCCGACGACAUCAGCCAUUGCCGAAUAA